AUGCGUUUGUUACUCUCUUUACUCUACGCCGCUUCUGCACUGUGUGGUGCCUACGCUGCAAUCUAUACGGACCCUUCUCAAUUACCCGACAGACAGUACGACUAUGUUGUCGUUGGUGCUGGUCCUGGCGGGAGUGUCGUGGCCCGAAGACUCGCAGAGAAUUCUACCGCAAACGUGCUGAUCAUCGAGGCUGGUGGGCUCCCUGACGAUAUCGAAGACAUUGCCAUACCAUACCUCGGUUUGACCCUAGGGGCACCUAGGCCUUGGAACUGGAACUAUACAACCGCCGCACAAACAGGCCUCAACGGUCGCAGCGUCGUCUACCCUCGUGGGAAAAUCCUUGGUGGCUCUUCCUGUAUCAACGGCAUCGUUUGGACAAGAGGGUCGAAGGAUGAUUUUGAUCGCUUCGCGCGGGUUACUGGGGACGACGGCUGGUCGUGGGAUUCUCUUCAGCCUUAUAUGUUGGGGGUAGGUCACGUCAUUAUCCUAUUGAUGUCGCCUCUGGAGGUCGCUGAACCGAUAUUGAAGGUCGAGCAACUCGUCCCCACCUCUGAUGGGAGGGACACCGAUGGCGAACUUGUGGCUUCCAUUCACGGAACGAGUGGUUUGGUUGGUAUUAGCAGUCAAAAUGUCCUUACGGAUAUCGACGGUAGAGUGAUAAACACCACUUCAGAACUGAGCGAGUUCCCUUUCAAUGAGGACAUGAAUUCGGGAAACACCAUUGGCAUUGGUUGGGGCCAGUACGCUAUCCGAAAUGGCUCGAGACAGGAUGCGGCAAACACUUACCUCGAGCCCGCAUCGAACUGGGAUAACCUUGAUGUGUUGAUCAAUACGCAGGUCAUAAAGGUUUUACAGACGGGUGAGGAGGACGGGGUUCCGAUCAUCAAUGGUGUUCAGUUUGCGCCGAAUUCUAGCAGUUCUGUUUACACGGUCAAUGCGACGAAGGAGGUCAUCCUCUCUGCCGGUUCCAUCAACAGUCCCCAGCUCCUCCUCCUCUCCGGCAUUGGUCCCACCGCCGAACUCUCCUCUCUCAAUAUCUCCACCGUAGUCGAUCUCCCCUACGUUGGCUCCAACUUCCAAGACCACGUCCUACUCGUCAACAGCUGGGAAGUCAACUCCAACUUCACCUGGGAUGACAUCAAUCGAAACACUACGCUCUACGCCGAAAAACAAGAGGAAUGGGAGAAUUCCAGGAAAGGCACUUUCACGGCGGCAGAGUCGUUACAGAUUGGAUGGCUGAGACUCCCGGAGAACGAUACUAUUUUUGAGACGGUGCAGGAUCCAAGUGCGGGGAGUACGAGUGGGCAUUACGAGUUUGUUUUCGUGGACAAUUUCGUCGGCACUACGCCCUCCACGGGGCGCUUCUUGAGCAUCACCACGAACCUGGUCACGCCCACUUCUCGUGGUUCCGUGACAAUAAAUUCUUCGAGCCCUUGGGAUCCCCCAGUCAUCGAUCCUGCUUUCUUAAACUCCGACUUCGACAUCCAUACCAUCGUCGAAUCCAUCAAAGCCGCUCGUCGCUACCUCGCUUCUCCGUCCUUUAGCGACUACAUCAUUGACACAGCUAUUCCUGCGAAUGCCACCACAGACGACGAGCUUGCACAAUUCGCUCGCAAUAACGCAGGAACCGUCUACCACCCCACCAGCAGCACGUCUAUGUCCGCAUGGAACGACACGACCAGCGGUGUCGUAAAUCCUGAUCUGACCGUCAAGGGGACGAAGGGGUUGCGAGUCGUGGAUGCUGGUGUUCUGCCGUAUGUACCGGCGGCACAUACACAAGCUUCGGUAUAUAUUAUUGCUGAGAGGGCAGCGGACCUCAUCAAGGCUGCGGCGAGGGCAUGA